UCUGUCUGCUUUUCUCUGUUUGCUUGUAUGAAUUGAUUUGCCAUUCAGAGCUGAGUAUUUUGUUAUGGAGAAAGAACUGCCUAUGAUACAAGCAGUGUUUUCUGUGUGAGCUCUGGGGACGUUGGGGUUAGUAGUAUUUUCACAUCUAUGGUAUCAGAAGAAGAAAUUACGUGGAACUCAAAACUACUUCUCUUCCUGUGUGUGGCUUGGAGACCAAGUCUAUUUUGCUGUUAUCAGUCAACUUUUGUUUUCUGUUGUGCUAAGUCUCUUCUUGAUGUUAGAAAGAUGACUAACUUCUCUUUGAUUAAUUGUUGCUGGUGACAAAACUAGAGACUGCAAAAACUGUUACAACACUGGAACUCUUUGAUUGCUUCUGUUUUGAGGAUGCUCUUGUGUACGUACUUUAGUCUAAUUUUGGUGGAGGGCAACUACUGAUUUUCUUUCAGGGAAGAUAAGUAAAUAGCAGGAGUGCUACUCAUCUCUUAAAGCAGUUUGCUUCCACACAUCUUCCUUUGAAAAGGUUGUAUUGACUUAAACAGCACCAAAGGCUCUGAGCAUCAGUCAGUCAAUCCUUGGUCAUAUCCUUGAGGAGAAAGAUUAAAGCAGAUCCUGAAAUUCCAAAUCUAUAAGACCAAGUGAAGCUAACCAUUCUCCCAGAUCCUUUGUGCUGGCUGUCAGUGAAUUCUCCCUCCACCUGGUGGCAGUUGAAGCCAUACCCGGGACCUUGCUGAAAGCUCUCAUCCCUUUUGGAACCACUCUGCAAAGAGCAAGUUCUUUGAUGUGAAAAAGUCAAGGCUGCUGUGACCUUGCUUGUUCAUAUUCCCUGGAUAGCAGAGACACUUAAAUGAUGCCUUGUGUGAAGACAGCCACAGUUAUUUUUUUCUUCAAGAGUGUGACGCAGCAAAACCUAUCACCAAUGGAGUGAGAAGACAGGCAACACUUGAUAAACACUCAGAUCUCUGAAGAGCCCCAUUAUAUUCUCUAAUGUAGUAGCCAUUGUUCUGGAUGUGGUAGACCAGUAAGUCAGGAGUUGUGAAAUUUGGGGAAAAUGGCCUGUGAGUUUAAUCUAAACUUCCUUAAGGAAUUGGAGCGAGAGGCUGUUCUGGAAGUCCUGUACCGUGACCAGAUGGUGAGAAAAACAGAGGAAGAAAGAGUAAGGAAACUGAAAAUGCAGCUGCACCAGCUUCGAUGGAAAGGGGCAAGAAAUGUAAGCCAGGAAUACCGAGAGAGGUCCUGUGCUCGCUGCCAGAAAUCCCUUGGAUUGCUGCUGAACAGAGGUGCGGUGUGCAAUGGGUGCAGCCAUCGAGUGUGCUCUGAGUGCCGCGUCUGCCUGAAUCCCUCCCUUUGGAAAUGCACCGUUUGUUAUGCUCAUGGAGAUGUGAAAGUAAAGGCUGGUGAAUGGUUCUUUGAGGAACGAGCAAAGAAAUAUCCAGAUGAAGGCAGGCAUGAAACAGCUGGUGCAAAGCUCUUGAAAUCUUAUCAGAAACUGAGUAAAAUUUCUGUUGUACCUCCAACUCCACCUCCUUACACUGAAUCCACAGCAGGAAGUAAUGCUAAGGAACUUGGACAGUCUAAAAGUUUUAAUAAAUCUGUGGAAAACUUGUUUUUGUCUCUCACAACACACAUAAAGAAGAUCUCCAAGUCCCAGAAUGAUAUGGCUGACAGAAGUCUGCUAACGACAGAUUAUGGACAUAACGUGGAAAGAAGGAAGCAGAGGAGGAGCCAGUCUGACACUGCCAUCAACAUUACAAGCAGGAAGAAAAGUACACCCAGUCUUCAAGAUCUCUUCUAUGGGGCUCAAAAUGAUAAUGACAUUCUUACCAAAAGGAAUUGCAAGCAAGAGGAAGACAUAACAACCAGUCCCACAAGUGAUGCUGUUUUCUGUGAUGGCAGGAAACAUGGGAGUUUGUAUAGUCUUAACAGCACUUGCACUGAAUCCGGCAACUUUGGCAAAGUGAACAUCACAGGAGAAAUAGAGUUUGCCAUAAGAUACAUCUUUAAGGCUUGCAUCUUAGAAAUUUGCAUCAGAGGAUGCAAGAAUCUGGCUUAUGGAGAGGAGAGAAAGAAAAAAUGUAACCCGUAUGUCAAGGUUUAUUUACUUCCUGAUAAAUCUUCUCGGAGUAAGCGGAAGACAGCUGUCAAAAAGAACACAGUGGAUCCAGAAUUUGAUGAGACCUUAAAGUGCCUGAGUAAUGCAGAGCUGAUAGACAAUGAGAGCCAUGUCCAAGCUGGCUGUGUAAAUGUUCAGUACAAGAUCGAGCGCUCCCAGCUGGGAAGCCGGCAGCUUCAGAUCUCUGUGUGGCAUGCAGGAGCACUCAAGUACAGGGUGUUUUUGGGAGAAGUGGUGAUUCCAUUGGCAGCGUGGAGUUUUGAAGACAGCUCAAUGGGGUCAUUCAACUGGUACCAGCUCCAGUCCAAGCAUGAAAAGCCUGAAGAUAAUCUUAUUCAAUACAGUGGAGAACUCCUGGUGUCUGCAAGAUUGUCGGUACCAGCCCAGUAUAAAAAUUUCCAGUUUGGAAGGUGGAUGAUGGAAGGAAAAAAAGACCAAGAAUUUUCCAACUGCCAGCUUCAGGUUAUGAUAUUUGGGGCCAGGAACUUGCCUGUGCUGAGAUCUGCUGGAAUGCUGAACUCGUUUGUUAAAGGCUGUCUUCUCCUUUCAGACCAAGCAGAGUUAAAGCAAAAGUCACCUGUGGUGAAGAAAGAAGACUGUCCUCAGUGGAAACACUUGUUUGUCUUUGAUGUUACCCCAGCUCAGCUACAGCAGUCAUGUCUACACUUGACUGUCUGGGACCAGUCAACUUUUGGCUCACGUGAUCAGUUCCUAGGGGGAGUCAAGCUGGGUGCAAAGCAAUUGCUUGGUUUUGCAGACCCCAGUUCACCGUCAGUGCUUCAGUGGGAAGAAGUGUUGCGCAGGCCAAACACGUGGAUGGACUUUACACUGAUACUGCAUUCAAAUAUGGAAAACUUUAAAUCAUGAAGAUAAUGGCCUGCCUUCCCUUCUCAGGGGGUGAUGUUCAGGGUUGGAGUGGUGCAUAUACAUUCUAAGCAUGGUGAAAGGGUACACAACAGUACCUACUUCUGUGUUGGGGGAAUUGAGUUGUAAGUUUGAAUGGUUGUGAUACUGAAGGUUUUAUUUCUCAAAAAUCUAAAGCUUUGUUAUCUUAUCUUGCUCUUCACCUAGAGAUAAAGGUUAAUAUUGUUUCUCAGGAGUAACAAACUGAAAGGCAUUAUGCUGACAAGGCACUAGUAGACAGAUGGUAUGCAGCUUUCUCUUUCUGGACACAGAGCUACAGUUGUUCAAACACAGAUAAGGAAUAUUGCAUAGAGAUAAAUGAUCAUUUUCUUAUUAAAAAAAAAGUUAUUUCACUCCAGUUUUCAUGCUUUGUCACUGAAGGGAAGUAAAAACUACCUCCUAUCUUAUUGCAAAAUUAUAACAAGCAGUACUUCAGAACUAUCUCCAGUGCCCAUACUACUGAUCCGAAAACAAUUUGGCCUGCAUGCCUCACAGCUUUCCAAUGUGUGCUGUGCUAACUGGUUAGUUAUAAAUUCUCCUUUGGUGGGAGGAGUGCGGCACAUCAGCUAAUAGAAUAAAUGCUGAUAGAGAAAGUUCCUUGUUUUUACCAGCAGCUGCUGUCAACUGGUGUUAACAAGUCAGAUGGAUCCAUAUGGUGUAUGGCACAGCUCAGCUUAUCACUUAUUCAUGUGAACUGGUGGAAAUGCACGCUGCCUGUUCCCUUUGCCUCCAGUGAAGCAGCGUUACAGUCAGAAACCUCAUCUAUACAGCUUUACCUGGUGCUGCUGUUACUUACCUCUCCCUUGGGGCUGAGGUGAAGAUGGUCACCAUUUGUCAGUACAGCAAGUAUUAUCCCUUCGUGCCAGCUCAGCGGUGUUUAAGGAUGUAACAAAGAAGGGAAGCAUGCACUUGCCUUGGAAGCCAGAAGUCAGCACCCUUUUUCACUAAAAUGCACUCAUGAAACACUCAACUCAAAAUCCUUUGUUACUUUGCAGAUCUUUUAUUUAGAUGUUUGCUGCUGCAAAUAAAAAAAAAAUAACACCACACAAGAAGAUUCAACUCGAGUAUAAAGCAGCACAGAUGUUGUAAAUGGAAGAGAAGAGCUGACACCAUGCUGUAUCUCACUUUCUAACAGAUUUUCAAGGAAAAGGGGGAGAUCAGUGGGGAAGGAAUGGUCACAGAAAUGCUCUCUAAUAGAGAGAUACACCUGUGAUAUAAACAAGCAGUCCCUUCAUGUUUGGAGUCUGAAACUUUAAAUCAAACACUUAAAAAAUUAGAAAAUUUGUUAGAAAAAUAGGUGCAGUAAAAUUGUAUAUAUUGGAUCCAUGUGUACAUAUCAAUUUUCAU